GAGAUGGAUGCCUACGCCUCGGGGCAGUGGCGGCGCUUCCGCGCGUUCUGCGUCCUAAACUUCGAUGAUCCCUCAGACAUGGUGCGCCGUCUGGGCAAGAAGGUGGAGAUCGAGCAGAGGCGAAGUGGUCCUCAGGUCCUCCAGGGCGGUCCAGACGUGUGGGCUGUAACGCUGGAGCAGUUCACUGAAAGUGUCCGUGCGCUGGGCUGGAGCAGCGGCUACGAGGAUAUCAUCUUUCCUGCCAUGAACGUUCAUGACAAGGAGGCCAUCUCCGUGGAAGAUCUGAAAUGGCUUGAAAUGGAGCAGCGGCGGCAGAAGCGCAAAGAGCUUGCGAAGAAGAAAGCUUUGCAGGAGAACCACAAGAGGAACAAAGACGUGCACAUCAAGGGCCGGGAGGCUUGCCUAGCCGACUUCAAGAACUACCUUCGUCGGAAGUAUGGCAGCUUCCUGCGCGCGUGGUUCAAGGCGCUGAGCCCAGACGGGGCCAUGAUCUUGCACCGCAGCGAGAUUUUCAAGGCCUGUGCUCAUCUGGGCUGGCCGGGAGAUGUUCGGCUUCUCUUCUCUGCGUUCGACAAGGACAACAGCGGCUACGUGUCCAUCGAGGAGCUCGAUGCUCGGGCGGCUGAACUGCUUGCACACUUCCAUGACUUUAUCAUGAGUAAAUUUGGGAAUGCCUCUGCCGCCUUCAAGGCUUUCGACAGAUACAAUCAGAAGAAGCUGAAGCAGCAUGAGUUCAUCAGCCAGGUGAAGAGCCAUGGCUUCGAGCAUCCUGCCAAGCUCCUCUUCCAUGGCCUGGAUCGCAAAGAGAUGAAGGCAGUGAUGAUGGAUGACCUUCUUUUCCUUGACCGCUGGAAGCCGCCAGCAUUUCUCACUCGCACUGCCAAUCCGCAGGCCAUGGAGGAGUUCAAAGCGCUGCUAGUGCGCAACUACAAGAACUUCCUCAAGGCAUGGCGUCACUGCCUGGACCAGGACUCCAGCAACCGUUGCAACUUUGACGAGUUUGAUGCAGCUUGCCAGAAGCUGAAAUUCAAAGGCGAUAUUGCUGGAGCCUGGAGGGCACUGGAUGAGGAUCUCUCCGGCUACAUCACUCUGCAGGAGAUCGAUCCAGCAUCCUCCAGCGCCCUCGCCAACUUCCGGAGGUGGUGCGAUGAGGAGUUUGGUAGUGUACGCUCUGCAUUCAGCGUUUUCGACAACAGCGGCGACAACGAGGUGAACUACCGCGAGUGGCGGCGGUCCUUGCGGUUCUACGGCUUUGAGGGCGACGCCAGCACUUUGUUCUAUGCUCUGGAUGUCGAGCGAAGCGGCACGCUGACUCUGCAAGAGGUAGAAUUCUUGGACGAAUGGAUCUUCCCUGGCGCGAACACCACGCAG